CCAUCUCAGAGUCUGUUCGUCACACACAAUGGACGAAUCUGCUCUUUCGCGUAUUGAGCAGCAAAGGACCGAACUGGAAGCCAAUAUCGCUAAGCUCCGCAAGUCGCUCCGACACUGGCAAACUCUGGAAAUUGAUUACGAAAGUCUGAAGGAGGAAUUUUUCGGUCUCUCAGUGGGAACUUCGGCUGAACUAUGUUUGGAAGUCGCUCGAGAUGCGAAGCUGGAGUUGGUCGAUGAUAAGGAGCUUCACACACUUCUCAAAGACAAUAGCGGCCACCCUCGCCAACCCGCCCAGAUUGUGGACCUUCUAUCAAAGCGUGUUGAAUAUGUCGACCGAAAUGUCCAAACAGUCCGAAAACAAUUAUCUGACGCCGAAAAACGAAGGAAUGCCUUAUUACUAGCAGAAGAACCUGACCACCGGGAUGAUGCCGGACUCCCGCUGGCUGAAAUUACCGAAGAACUGGACGAAUCAGGACAGGUAUUGUCCGGAAAGGUCGAUAUGCCUGGGUCAAGCGCACCACAAUUGCUUGACGUAUUGAAGAAAGCCGGCGUGACAGACUUGAAAGAAACAAAUGGAACAAUUACUCAUGCCGAAUCCAUGGACCCUUCUCAAGUUGACCGUGUGGGGGCUGAAGAAAGUGUGCAAAACGAUUCUUCAAAUGUCACAGCAGCUGCCGAUGCCUUGCAGAUGGUCGACGUGCCUACCUCCACUGACGAUACAGAAGAAGAGGCUCAACUACGCAAAGAAAUGCUGGAGUACGCCCAGGGAAUGGACGAGGUUGGCGCUAUCGUGGCUGAACUCGACCUGGAAGAAGACGGCUCAGAUGUCUCAUACGAUGACCAAGAUGAUGCAUUUGAAUUCGACUCUGACAUGGAGUAUCACGACGAUGUCGAAGAGGAUGAGUCAGAAGAUGACACCGGUAAAAGCAAGAAUCGCCUGACAGUACCAAGGGGUUACCGAAAAAAGAUGGAGGAACUACAGGAAAAACUUGGUUUGAAGAACUUAGGACCAGAGUCAGAGACCGCUGUCAUCGGUCAACAAUCACGACCUUCAGCCGCUGAAGCUGCAAGGAAAGCAGCGCUUGCACGGCAUGAUCAGUCCACGAAGAGCAGCCUAAAGUCCACAUUGGCGAAUGACGAUACAACAGCAAAACCAAGAACAGGUAAAAAGAAGGUGGCGUUUGCAUCCGAGCUGGAUAUAGCACCUUCUGAACCCUCCAGCUCAGCACGCUCCAACGCUGAAACGUCACGGGAAGAUUCAACGAACAAUCCUACCGUUAGACCAAUCAAUGACUCUGUGGUAGAGAGACAACCACAGACAGAAGACGCACCUGCUCCUGAUGCUGCACCAGUCGCGCCCAGAAAACAAUCACGUUUCAAGAGCACACGACAGGUGCAACCUCCAGCACCCUUAUCUGCGCCUAAUAUGUCAGUUCCUCUGGCAGAUGUUGAAGGGGAAUCCAAGAAUCCAAGUUCUCCAACUUUUCCGUCUACGAUCAUAUCGAGAGACCUUGUUGAAAGACCAUCGCCUAAAACGACCAGUGCUCCUGACCCGAAUGACUUCUCGGAAGAAAGCCACCAACGCGAGAUCGCGAUGGAGUAUCAAAGGCAUCGAAUGAAGCGGAUACAUGCUCAAGAUCGAGCCUUCGUUGGAGAUGGAGAAGACGACAAUUACGGCGAAAUGAUCACUUCCGGUAAAGGUAGAGGAUCCGAAGGUGCUUCAGGUGAAAAGAUUAGUCGAUUCAAGGCGGCCAGACUCAAUCGGUAA